AUGAGUCCCUAUAUUUCCCCAUUGUUUGGUCUUGCAAUAGGUAGAAGAGUCUUACUUAUUUCAUCUUCUACUCAUUGAGUUUUUGUAUGGCUAGGGUUAGAGUUAGGUACAUUAGCAUUUAUCCCUAUAUUAGCUUGGUGGCAUUCGUCGCUGGAGGUUGAAGCAACUGUAAAGUACUUCAUUAUUCAGGCGAUAGCGGCUGCAGUGUUUUUUUUUGGGGGGUUAGUAAUAACAAGUACUGAAUAUAUUAGUGGGUUAAGUCAGUUUGUAGGGAAUUUUGGUGAGGUCUUGAUUAUAUUUUCUAUUAUUAUAAAGCUGGGGCUAGUGCCAUUUCAUUACUGGGUGGUGGAUGUAGUUCAAGGUCUAAAUUACUUGCCCGGAAUGGUCUUGUUAACAUGACAGAAAGUACCGGGUUUAAUGGUUUUAGUCCAAUUAGUAUCAAUACAGAAUGGGCUUAUUUUGCUCAUCUUUGGGGCAUUAUCUGCUUUUUGGGGUGGGUUAGGAGGUUUGGGCCAGACACAAAUGCGGAAAUUACUAGCGUUCUCUUCAAUUGCCCAUUUAGGGUGAUUGGUGUCUGGGUGUGUCGUGGGGACAAUAUUGGGUAGAAUAUAUUUUAUCUUAUAUGUAGUGCUUUCAAUUCCUGUAUUUGUGUUUUUAUAUAUUUUAAAUAAUACUCAUUUAAAUCAAGUGCGAGCAAGAUUAGUAAGAAAUCCUGUUGCUGCUAUAGUUGUUGGAGUGGGGUUUUUGUCAUUAGCGGGGUUACCCCCUUUUAUAGGAUUUUUUGGUAAGUGGUUAGUGCUAACUUGAUUACUUAAUAAUUUUCUGGUGGGGGGUGCAGUAGCGUUAGUAGUCGGGGCUUUAGUUAGUUUAUUCUAUUAUUUACGAGUAAGAUAUAUAUGCAUGGUAAUUUUAGGGCCACAGCAGAUUAUGGUAAGAUUAAGCUGACGAAAAGGAUUUAUGGGUAGUUUGUUAGGGGGGUUAGUAGUGUUAAACUUGUUAGGAUUGCUAUUGGUAGGAGGCAUUAGCUCAUUAUCUAAAUAG